AGAGGAGGGACACCGCGGGGACAGAAACCACGGCAGUGCUUUAACUAACCCUGCGGCGUGCUCUGCCGAGGAGUCCUGCGCCUGUUGGAUGGUCAACGUCGACUGGAAGUCGCUUCCUCUCAUUUAAACAACUAAAAGCACUUUGAGCAAGUUUGGAUCCAGGAGAAUACUGUAAUGAAAUUAGCUGCUGGGAAAGUUUAUCUCUUAACUUAAAUGGGAUGAGGUAGCAUGUUUUUUAAUAUCAGUUUUUUUAAACUGAAGACGCAAAGAAGUUUGCGGGACGUCCGAUCACCAUGGAGAGGCGGGAUUAAAAUGGUUUUAAUUUUUCUCGGAUUGAAAGGUUAAAAAUGUGUCCACCUGCGCCCCGUUCCUCUUGAUCUAAGCUUGUUUUUAACCACAAAUAUCCGUGGCGAUAAAGGAAUGGACACUUAAACUGGUCUGCAAGAAAUCUUAAAGCGCAUCCAUGGAUUGAGAGACUGUACUUUCAGUGAAGUGCCUCAUGAAAGACUGCAAGAUGUGUGGAGGAGAGUGACGGACGGCCAUGGGACUGGAGAGACGGUGGCUUCAGGCUGUCACCACUGCUGUAGCCAUCUGUCUGCUAAGUGUGUCUCAGGGUUUGGCAUCGCUGGUCCAUGCCAGAGAGGGUGACUCUGCAGAACUGGACUGCAGUCUGACUCCAUCGUCCAAAGAAGCCACCACCCCGAACCUCUUUCCCUUACACGUUGUGGAGUGGGUGCGCCUUGGCUACAAUGUACCUGUUCUCAUUAAAUUCGGAGUGUACGCUCCUCGUGUUCAUCCUAACUACAAAGGGCGUGUGUCUCUGACCCAUGGCGCCUCUCUGCUGGUAGAACGGCUGACCCUGGAGGACGAGGGCUGGUUCGAGUGUCGUAUCCUUCUCCUGGACAGCAAAACCGACAACUUUCAAAAUGGCACAUGGACCUUCCUCUCCAUCACAGCUCCUCCUGUGUUCAUCAAGACGCCGCCAACUUUUGUGGAGGUUCUGCUCGGAGACUCGUUGACUCUUAGCUGCGGAGCCCACGGCAACCCUCGACCAACGGUUGUCUGGCACAAAGAUGAGAGUCCGAUAGAGAAACACGAAAAAAUUAAAGUGCUCAACGGUACUCUGUCUCUUGCGACUGUCACAAGAAAUGUUUCUGGAGUCUAUAAAUGCCACGUGUCGAACACAGAGGGGAAUCUGACCCAUUAUACGGAGCUGCAGGUUCAAGGUCCACCGAUCAUCAUCAUCUCCCCUGAGGACACGACUCUCAAUAUGUCCCAGGAUGCUGUUCUGCAGUGCCAGGCAGAUGCUUACCCUUCAAACCUGACCUACGAGUGGCUGAAACAAGGACAGAACGUUUAUCACAUCGAGUCCCUCAGGUCCAGAGUGAAGAUUCUGGUGGAUGGAACUCUUCUGAUUCCUAAUCUCAUCCCAGAAGAUGCUGGAAACUACACUUGUAUCCCCACUAAUGGAAUACUGACUCCACCCUCGGCUUCUGCCCAUCUGAAAGUGAAACACCCGGCACGUGUUGGAAGAAUGCUGCGUGAAACUUAUUUGCCAGCAGGAAUGGAGGGGGUGAUCUUCUGCCCUGUGCAGGCUGACCCGCCUGUGCUGUAUGUCAACUGGACCAAAGACGGAAAUGAGCUGAAUCUUGACAAUUUCCCAGGUUGGAUGGUGAACUCAGAGGGCUCAGUGUUUAUAGCAACAGCCAAUGACAAUGCUGUAGGCAUGUACACCUGCACCCCUUACAACAGCUACGGCACAAUGGGCCAGUCUGAGCCCACCAAAGUUAUUUUGCAGGACCCACCAUCAUUUCGAGUUCCCCCCCUGCCAGAGUAUCUCCAGGAGGUCGGCCGAGAGUUGAUCAUCCCCUGUGAAGCCAGUGGAGAUCCUGCUCCAAAUGUAACCUGGAGCAAGAUUGGCCCUAGUCCUCGCUCACCGUACACGGUGCUAUCUAAUGGAUCCCUCUUGCUGCAGCCCCUGAGCAAAGACCACCAUGGUGGCUGGGAGUGUUUGGCCACCAAUCGUGUGGCGACUGUCAGUGCAGGCACUGUAGUCUUUGCACUUGGCACCAGUCCUCAUGCUGUGUUCUCGGUGACCGUUACCACGGAGAUGAACCAGGCCAACGUGUCCUGGGUCCCAGGUUUUGAUGGUGGAUUUACCCAGAAAUUUACUGUGUGGGUCAAGCAAACAUCCAGGGGGAAGCAUGAAUGGGCAUCUUUGCCUGUGCCAACAUCCAAAAACUACCUGCUUGUGACUGGGUUACUCGCAGGCACUGGCUAUCAGUUCAGCGUCCUACCUCAGAAUAAACUCGGCUCAGGACCUUUUAGUGAAAUUGUAUCAAUACGGACAAAAGCUGUGCCAACAGAGCUACCUAAAACCUCCACGGGUGUCCCAGCCCUUGAACCUCCCACGUUGCUCUCAGCUAACCGGACGGGGCGAGGCAUUCUCCUGCAGUGGCAGCCUCCCGAGGCUCCUCUCUCCCCACUGACUGGUUUUGUCCUCCAGGCCCGCAGAGAUCAGGGCCAGUGGAUCAUCAUUGACAGCAAUAUCUAUGCCAAUCGGAGCGAAGUACUUGUGCAAGGACUGCUAAGGGACUCCGUGUAUGAUUUGAGGCUGAUGUCACGCAGCAACAAAGUCCUGAGUGAACCGAGCGAGUCCGUGAGUGUUUCCACAACUGGAAUGGAAAUUUACCCACUUCGUCCUAGUUUCUUAGAAGUCAUUCCUGAACCACUGAUGGCUGGUGUGAUAGGGGGAGCGUGCUUUCUGCUUCUUGCAAUCAUCCUCUCUUUGGUGACGGCAUGCUACAUGAGCAACAGGAGACGGCAGAGACGCAGAAAGAGGAGACAAGAUCUGCCAGCUGCCUUUCAGAAGAGCCCAUCUCAAGACACACGAUCACCUUCACGCAGCCCGGACAGUGUCCUCAAGUUUAAACUAUGUCCACCUCUGCCCUUCUUUCCCAACUCCUCGUUAUCACAAUCUGAUCGCUCUUCGUUUGACAAAGGUAGCCGUGGGGAAUACCACGAUCAGCGGAAACAGCUUUUGUCCAACUCCUCUCCUCCGCCUCAUUACACCCUCUUCGAGAGUCAUCUAGGUUCUCAGGCGCCUUCGCCAACUGCUCUGGAGUCCAUUUCCCGAGGUCCAGACGGACGCUUCAUUGUUCAGCCACUGCCAGAAGUUUCAAGUCCUUCCACUAAAAAUAUAAAGAAGGAUGUUCUGCAAGUUAAUGGAAGCGUUCACGGGUCAGGGAGCAACAGGACAUCAAUCAGGGACUCUCCAAAAUCAAGCAUUUUGAGCUCAGAGAAGGACGAGAGGAAGGACUCUCCUCUUACGGUGGAUGUCCCAGAGUUAAGCAGACCUCCUGCAUCGCCUGGCAGAGUACGAGCCAUGGCAAGAAAUUUCUCCCGACAUGGCUGCUUUUACUCCGAUGACGAACAAGGCUCAGAAACUCUUUUGGAAAGAGCCAGUUUCUACUCUGAUAGCAGUGAAAGAAAGCCCAGCGAUUCCCUACGUAGGUGUCGCAUGCGGGGCAACACUGAAGACCUGUUCUCCAGUUUGGGAAGGAGAACAAUGUUGCUGGAUAGAGACAGACUCCACCAUGGAGGCUACCGACCAAUGGAAAGCCACCUGACUGACAACAGCACCCUGGUCUCCCAGCUAGAGAGUGAGCUGGAGAUGGACAGCGUUAACAAGUGUGUCCAAUUGGCAAAGGAGAGGGAAGAGAUUGAGAGGGAGCUGAAGAAUUUCGCAAUGGAUCAAAGACAUUGCAGUCGAGUGAGGGACGCACCCUCUCCAUGUAGUACAACAGAACGUCCUCAAAGGGAUGAGACCGAAUCAGUGGAAGAACCUGUGUGGAAACCUCAAGAAGUUACAAUCAGACCGAAGUACAGGCCCACUGGUGUGACAAGUCGGGUUUCUGACUAUAGGAGAGCGUGCUACUUUGGCAACACUAGCAGUCCGCUGGACAGGCUCCCCACAUCUCGCAUACAAUGGGACGUUAGCCCUGUCACAUCUGUCACUAGCCUCAUCCCUGUUCAGACUCCUUGUAAGACUACGUCGCUUAUCUCAUCUAGAGAAGCCACGGAGGUGUCUCUUGCUUUAGAUUCAUCAAGCUCGCCGGUCACCCAGAAUACGUCACUACCCAUGCUCUCCCGUGAUGUCACACUAGAUAAAGCUACAUCAUCAAAUCUUCAGAAAAACAAAGAGGCUUGUACCAAGUCUGGCACUGAGCAGAACAUAGUAGAGGAGACACAGGAGUUAGGUGUUGUUUCUAAAUCAACGAGUCCAUUAGAUUCUCAACUACGGGAUUUGCCCAACACAGUGAGACCUGAAACUUCAGAUUCUGUACAGCAUAACCAGACUGAAAGAACUGCAGAUAUAGGUCACAACAAUACAAGGGACCCCAGUCCUGGUAGUUCUUCAACCUUGCUGUACAAUCAUCAUAAAGUAGGAGCUAAGUCCAAAGACAGAGAGACUCAGGACCACGAUGACCAGCACGUUUCAGGGUUUUACUCCGAUUUAGAGAAGGAAAGUGUCCGAACACUCUCCAGGAGAAGCGACAAGUGUCUCUUCCCUGACAGUCCUAGUCCCAUACCAACCUUAACUCUUGUUGAAGAGGUCGAGAGUGACCAGUCUCAGUUUUCAGUCCCCAGAAUGUCCGACUCUUUCAAGGCCAAGCCUGCAGCACCAUCCCCUAAGACGUCCCCACACCAGACAAGUGCAAUCCUUGAAUACCUGAGUCUUCCAGGUUUCAUUGAAAUGAGCGUGGAUGAGCCUGUGGAAGAGGGUCAGGUGACCGAUGCCACCACAAAACAAACACCCAAGGAGGAAUCUGUUGUGGCAAAACCCGAUGUAGUCCCUAGAAACUGGGAGGUUCAUGUUCAAGAAAACCCACAAACUCUGUCAAGUCAGAAACAAGGUGAUCCUCUGGGUUCUGCAGACUCUAGCUACGAUGCUUAUAAAACACAAGGAAAUAGACGUUCUCCUCAAGUGACAGCCAGAGUGAGAUUUCCUGAUGACCCAAGGCCGUCUUCAUCGGGCCCAGAAAAAACAAGCAAGGAGCUCUAUAAUGAGAAAACAAGAAUUCGAGCAGGAAAUAUUUACACCGUCAGACCUGAAUCCAGACUUGGGUCCAGGUCGGCUCAUACGUUGUUCAAUGCAGCUAAAGGCAUGGCAGACAUUGUGUCAAAGCAUUCUCAGAGUUGUGCAGACAGUGAUGAGUUUUUGUCAGAGCAGCCCCAAAGACAAUCUUCUCAGGGAAGCAGGACUAAUAAAAUAGUGUCUCGAAUAACUCAAGCCCCUGUGCCAUUUCUGAAGAAAUCCUUAAGCCUUGGUCCCUGUAGGACUCUCUCUGGUGUGGCUCAGCCUCGCCCUUACCUUAAGAAAUCCAUUAGCUUAGGCUCACACAGGUGGGAGCACUUUGAAAGCCCAAGACCAUAUAUUUCUGAGAAAUGUUACUGGGACGAGUUCCCAAACCCGGAUGUGAGGGUGAAGUCCUACAGUCUGGGCCGCACGCCGCCUUCCCUCCCUAGACCGGGGCCCUGCUGGAAAGAAUACAUCCCAUUCCGGCGUCCCAGCAUGGGGAGCUUAGAGAGGCCCCACCACACACAAAGGUCUUUAGCUAGUCCUUCCUACCUCACUCCUUUGUACCCACCCAGACAAACCUCAAUGUCCCCAAUGCUUGAGCCCUCAGAUCCACGACGCCAAGCUGCCAUUUUCCCUGAGUCCUCCAGAUGGUCCCCCUCUUUUCAAGACACCCUGAGGUCUGUCCAGCAUCAGUUUAUCCCUAUGCCGACCUCUAACUCUCUACCAUACUACCAGCACUGGCCGGAUCCGAGAGGGGAAGGCUUGAGACACUCUGACUCCAGAAGAGGCCCUCCAAGGUCCUACCUCCCCCGGGGCAUCAGCUGGCCUUCGCCUUAUUACUCCGCCUUCCCACCCAGGGAAGGAGAUGGCUACAGGCAUCCAGACAGGAUGAUGGGGAGAAGCGGAGAUGCUGAGUUCAGGGACGGUGGCAGGGCCAGUUAUGCCAGUCAGAGCAGCGGUAGAGGCAGCGCCGGUCUCUUUAGACAGUCCCUGUCUGUCACUCCCACCCUGCUCAGCUCCCCAGAAACCACAGAGGAGCAUGAACGCCACAGAGCUGAGAUGGAGCUGGCCGAGAGGAGAGUGAAAAGAAGGAACACGUCAGUAGAUGAAAGUUAUGAGUGGGACUCCGCUGAUGCCUGUUUGGACUCCGAGGUCCUGGAGGCCACCAGGUCUGGCCAGUGUCGAGCUGGUUUUCAGAGAGGCAGGAGGGAGACGGGAUCGGACCAGACUGGUGGCCUCCGGGAUCAGCGACAGACAGGCCCACCUCCCCCUGUCAUCCCUCCUCGCUCGCUCAGUGAGGCACGCUUCAACGCCCUCCGCCUGGAGUACCAAGAGUACAGGCGGGCUCAGGGAUCCGCCUGUACCCGGGAACCCUGCUUCCACCCCAGCCAUGAUUCGGAUUCUGACUCCAGCUCAGCGCUGCUCUAGCAGCUGUACUCGACGCAUCAAAGGCAAAAACCAAAUAGCAGUUCUACUGAAAAGACAACAGCACCAUGGUCCUAUACAUCGGGAACAUUUCAUUCUACUUUAACAAUUUUAAUCUUGUGUUGCAGCAGCUUCAAGAGACUGUACUGUUCUGUUUUGUAAGACAUCCUCAGCUUUGUUCAGGCUCGUUCUUCUGUUCGAUUUGGUUUCAGUGUGCUUUUUAUAGUGGGAAUGUGACAAUCGGAUAAAGUGAAGAGAUGAAAUUUUAUGAGAUAAGGUUCCCAGCUCAAGGUGAGAAGGACUUGCUUUGUGAAAGCAGCAGUUAGCGACAAAAUGAUAGAUGCAUUGAAAGUUUUUAGAAUCUAAGUCUCCCUUGCAGUGACAAUAAAAGAUGCUUCUGACAGAUCUGUAGGUAAGUAGACAACAUCUCUCUGUGAGAUAUCUUCAUCUGUAUCGGUGCCUGCGAAUAAAUGGUGCUAGUUGUGCUCUCCAUGUCUAUAUUGAUUAAUGACGCGUACUAAUUGUUAGGUAACUAAUAAAUUUGACCCAAAAUUCCCUACAUCUAUGUACCUAGAAGCUGAGUAUAUGUCUGCGAUUUACCCACUGAUUGCCUGGAAUCAUCCCCACUCUGCGACCCAUUAACCUCACAGUAUUUUGUUUAAAGUGUAUAAAUGUUCAUAUGCAUAGUUUAUUGUGAAUAAGUCCUGCUGUAUUGUUAUGCAUUCAUCCCCAUCACUCCCAUCAGUUGAGAAAAUCUUACUUGGCUUCACCUGAAAAAGUGCGACUUCACCAGGGAAGAUUAUAUUUGCCUUAUUUUUGGUCGGUACAAAGCCGAGAUACAAAAAGAACAAUUAAAAAGCACCAAACACGUUUUGUUCCUCAUUGUGAAUAUGUCUGUGUAUUUAUUGAGAUGAGUAACGAUAUGCAACAAUGUUUACAAUUCACAUACCUGAUGUGAAGAAAACACUGUGAAUAUUUCAUUGACUUCUGAUUCUGUAUCUGAAUUGCAAGUCUGUUAUGAAUUGUGUGCCCAUUUCCCUGCUGUGUUUGUUUUGUUUUCUUUGCUAAAGAAAAUCAAGCUGUUUUUGUACGUUACCUGACAAAACAAUUUAAAAUAUGUUGUUGUAGCUAUGCUUUGGGGCAGAGUCAGCCUUUUUAUUGUUUUUACUUCAGUUUCCCAGAUGAAAACCCACAUUUGGCGUGAGUAUGCAUUCCUGGGGAUGGCUUUGGAGGUCUUGUACAAAGAGGAAAAUUUUAUAUCUUGUUACUUGUUUUUGUCAUUUUUAUAUGUUUGUAAAUGAAUAAAUUGUUAUAUUCUGAAUGUAGCAGACUUAA